UUCAAGCGAAGAAGAAAACACCAAGCAGUCACUUUGCUAGUAGUUUGUUUAAAAAAAAAAAAAAAAAAAAAAGCUAUAAACAAAAUAAUGUCAGAACAAACAUUAACGUUGACAGUCGCAUACGGGUCUGUUAAACACAGCGUGACGUUGAAGUGUCAGGAUGGUCAAAGUCCCACAGUCAGAGAUCUGGCUGAAGCUCUGGCUGAAGCUACCGGAGUGCACACAACUGCACAGAAACUCAUCUUCAAAGGAAAAUCAUUAAAGGACCCAGAGGAGAGUCUAUUCAGCUACGGAAUCAAAGAAGGCUGCAAAAUGAUGCUGAUUGGAAAGAGGAACAGUCCCGAAGAAGAAGCUGAACUGAAGAAGCUGAGAGACAUCGAGAAAUCUGUGGAUCAGUUGGCUAAAAAACUGGAGCACGUGGACGGGGAGCUGACUGGAAUCAAGAAUGGCUUCCUGGGUAAAGACCUUCAGGUGGAGAGUCUGGGUAAACUCGACAACAGUGUCAAAGUAGCAACUGAGCAGCUCAUGAAGAUCCUAGAGCAGCUAGAUGCUAUGAGUUUGCCAGACAACUUUAGGGACUGCAAACUGAAGAGAAGAGGACUUGCAAACACAGUCCAGGAUUUCCUGGCGCGAUGUGACAAACUGGAGGCUAGCAUAUCAUACCAACUGUCACUGAUCCAGUCUAAAAACCUUGCUCUGGCAGACUAGAAGGGUCCAGUUGCGUGUUAAACAUUGCUCUGUGAGCAACCACAAACUGUACAGAAAGCUUCAAAUAUGGAGCAGAUCUUUGCAUAUUUAUUGUUGGGCUGGUGUGCUGUACAAGAUGAAUUCCAUCAUACACUUUGUGAACAUAGAAGCUCGUUAACUACGCUAAUCCCAGGUAUCCGAGCACUACUGGGGUAUAUAAGUGUGUAACAGCAUGCUUGCUAAGGAUCAGUGAAUUCUGACAAACUACGUUUGUAGACUUCGUGGACGUUUAGAAUGAUCUCCUUUGGUUCCUGAUUAAAAAAACUAAAUCCACAAUGAGCUCUGAACAAACUCAAAUGCAUUGGGAGAAAUCUUACACGAGUUCAGUAUAAUUUGAUUUACUGCUGUUGUCCACGUUAAUCAUGACACAAAAGCUACAGUGAGAUCUGAAGUGUAUUUUAGACAGUUGGUCCGUUCUACGGUAAUGGAAUUUCAGUGACAGCAAAAUCUCGCCAUAUUUUUAGUUCACCCUUUAAAAAAAUGCUGUGAUUAUAAUUCCAUUACCACAGAAUUACCCAGAUAGUCUCAUGCGAGUUUUAAAAGGUAUAAAGCUUAAGCAUCAGUUUCCCAUCACGAUAUACAUCUAAACCAGUAUCACCCGGCUCUGAUCUGAUAGUGUGCAAAGUCACUGUAACAAAUCCUGAAUGUGAGCAUGUUUGUUUACGUCAGCACCAAACCAGAAAUAUGUUUAAUCCAGUGGUUGAUCCUGUUUAAUCUCUGUAAAAUGUCCACUGUACACUUGAAUUGCAUUGCAGUUAUGAAGACUCUUGCCUUUUUUGUUGUUUGUAAAUGCAAAUACUUUAUUUCUGAAAUGAAUAAAUUAUCCUUGAUGUAAAUCCCAAAAGUGGCUACAGAACACAUUGAUU